AUGGAGAUCCUUUCUUUGUUUUUAUACUCUCUCUUUUAUCUUGCUUUGCUUCUCAUUUUCAACCUUCUCCUCCAAGCAAGAAAAUUCAAAAACUUGCCACCAGGUCCACCUUCUCUUCCCAUAAUCGGCGAUCUUCACCACCUGAAAAAGCCACUCCACCGUACUUUCAAGGGGCUGUCGGAUAAAUAUGGCCAUGUUUUUAAACUUUGGUUUGGUUCACGUCUUGUGGUGGUUGUUUCUUCACAAUCCGAAUUCCAAGAAUGUUUCACAAAAAACGAUGUUGUCCUUGCAAAUAGGCCACGCUUUCUCUCUGGAAAGUACAUCUUCUACAACUACACAACCUUAGGAUCCACAUCCUACGGCGACCACUGGCGCAACCUCCGCCGUAUCACCUCCCUCGAUGUUCUUUCGAACCACCGCAUCAACAGCUUCUCUCCCAUAAGAAGGGACGAGACACGGAGGCUGAUAACAAAGCUAUCUGAGGGCGCAUCCAAGGACUUUGCAGAAGUUGAACUGUCUUCAAGGUUCUAUGACAUGACUUUCAACAACAUCAUGAGAAUGAUCUCCGGAAAGAGAUACUAUGGUGAAGACUGUGACAUGGCGGAUCUUCAAGAAGCAAGCCAAUUCAGAGAUAUGGUAUCUGAGUUGCUUCAGUUGUCAGGUGCUAAUAACAAGACUGAUUUCAUGCCUUUACUUAGGCUUUUUGAUGUUGAAAACUUGAAGAAGAGGCUUACCAAUAUUAGCGAAAAAACUGAUGCGUUCUUGAAAGGACUCCUUCAAGAACACCGCAGCAAGAAGAAACACCCAAAUACCAUGAUUGAUCAUCUCCUAAGUCUGCAAGAAUCACAACCUGAGUACUACACUGAUCAAAUCAUCAAAGGCCUUGCUUUGGCUAUGCUCCUUGCUGGAACCGACUCUUCUGCUGUUACUUUAGAAUGGGCAAUGUCUAAUGUGCUGAACCAUCCAGAGGUAUUGAAGAAGUUAAGAGCUGAAUUGGAUACCGAAGUAGGACAAGAUCGCAUGGUGGACGAGUCAGACAUUCCAAAACUCACUUACUUGAAAAAUGUUAUCAACGAGACACUUCGGUUGUAUACACCUGCUCCAUUGUUAUUACCACACUCGAAUUCAGAGGAGUGUGUUAUUGGAGGAUACAAAGUUCCACGAGACACUAUAGUGUUAAUUAAUGCUUGGGCAAUUCAUAGGGAUCCUGAAUCAUGGAGUGAGGCCACAAGUUUUAAGCCAGAAAGGUUUGAGAAAAAAGGAGAGACAGAAAAGAUAAUUGCAUUUGGGAUGGGAAGAAGGGCAUGUCCUGGAGAAGCCUUGGCUGUUCGUGCAGUUAGCUUGACUUUGGCAUUAUUGAUUCAAUGCUUUGAUUGGAAACGUGUCAGUGAUGAUAAGAUUGAUAUGGGAGAGCAAGAUGGGUUCGUCUUGACAAAGUUAGUCCCAUUAAAGGCCAUGUGUAAAUCACGUCCAGUCAUAAACAAGGUUAUAGAGUAAUUCCUCAUCCUCAGAUCGAGUGGAGCUAGUUGUGUGAGGAUAUAUAUAUCUAUAAUAGAAUGAAAUUUGUACCUUUUUUUUAUAACCAAUUAAGGUAGUACACAUACAUAUGCACAAAUACUGGGCGUGCUCAAAUAAGUGUGUACCAGGGUCAUCUUUGGGUACUGAUUAUGCAAAUAGUG